UACCAUUUUACUUUCUUUAUGUAAUUUUUUUUUCGAUAUUUUAAUUUCGGUUAUUCGCCCCGAGCCCAGCGAAAGCUCUCACUAGACAAAACAGAUGUCCCUGAAUUUAUCCUCCAAAUAAACUGUCUGCGCAUACGAAAACGAAAGUGUUGAUCAGCUUCUUUGUACAGUGGAGGAGAAUUUAAUAUUAUCUGACUUGAAUUCUCAGCAAGGGCGAGGCUGAUAAAAGACAAUUAAUAAAAUCAAUUAAUUGUCCAAAAACUACUUGUGAAAUGGCUGCAUCUCAUCAAGAUCUUGCUUCUAAUCCACCAGCUCAAGAAACCAGAGAUUACGUAGGAGAAAUUCUUGGCCUUGAAUCAUGGAGUCCAGGUUCUUGUGAUGAUUACUACAAAAUCGUAACAACAACAGAGGAUGGAACUUUAAUUAGAAAAUUAUUUGUUGGUAAUUUAGCUGAAAGGACAACAACAAAAGACCUCAUCAAAUUAUUUAAUCAGUAUGGUGAUGUUGAGAGUUGUUAUAUCAAAAGAAAUUAUGGAAGAAGUAAUUUUGCAUUUGUUAUAUUUAAAGAUGUAACUGGUGCUUGGAAUGCAAGAGAAGCUGCUGAAGCACAUCAAGUGAGAAUGCAUUGUCGAAUACUCAGAGUAUCAGCAGCAGACUCAUGGCAUCAGCCAGAUUAUAUUGAAAAUCAAAGAGGAUUAUAUGGAAAUAAAGAUAAUAAUAAUCAAAAUACAACAACAACAAUUGUUGAAGCUCGAGCAGAUGUUGAAUCACCAAUACGUUUAUUAAAUGAUGAUUGUUUAAUUCAAAUGUUUUUACAUCUUCCAAUAUCUGAUCGUGUAAGAAUGGAACGUGUUUGUAAACGUUGGCAUGCACUUAGUCGUGAAUCAUGGUGGUCAGUUAAACGUCUUGAUCUUGAAAAAAAAAAUUGGGGUUUAUCAGAUAGAUUUAGAUUACAAUAUAUUGAUACAGCAACACUACGUAAAGUACUUAUGAGAUGUGGUGAUUUUUUAACAAAACUUGAUCUAUCUGAUUUAUUACAUUCUUUAGGCUCAAGUACACUAACAAUUGUUGGUAAAUUAUGUCCAAAUUUACAAUACAUUGAUGUUACUGGAAUAAUAUUAUCACCAUCAGGAAUUAAUUCACUAAUUGUUAAUUGUCGUAAUAUAACUGAAUUUUAUAUGAAAAAAUUAUCUGGUCCAUGUGAAAAAGAUUUGGCAAAAUUAUUUAUGCUUAAUAAAAAAUUAAAAUAUGUAUCACUUGGUAAUCAUAGUAUUACUGGUAAAUCACUUGGACAUUUACCACAUGAUACUAUUGAAAAAAUUAAAUUAGAUCAUUGUACAUCAUUAUUAUCAAAUUAUUUUGAUUCAGCAAUACAAAAAUUUACAACAAUUCAAACAUUGGAACUUAAUAAUUGUGUUUGUCUUAAUGUCAGUUCAAUAGCAGCAAUUAGUAAUAUGAUUACACUUAUUAAUUUAUCAUUUACUGGUAAUUAUCCAUUGAUAACAGCAAAAUCACUUUGUCUUUUAUCAAAACUCACCAACUUAGAGCAACUUGAUUUCAAUCAAAAUAUUUUGGUUAAUGAUGGAAAUAUAACAAUCAUAACAAUGACAUGUAAAAAACUAAAAGUUUUAAAUAUUUCUGGAUGUGUAGCUGUAACUAAUAGAGGAAUAUUAAGUAUUUCAACACUACCAAAAUUAGAAACAUUGACAAUGAAUUCAGUUAAAAAAGUAACUGAUGAAUCAAUUGCUUCAUUAUGUAAAUUAAAAGUACUUAAAUGUCGUUCUAAAUUGACUGAUCUUAACAUAAUAAAUUGAUUCACAAUUGGCAACACGCAGUUUUAAGUUGUUACUGGUGGAACUAAAAUUGAUCCAUCAACAAUUACUGAAAUAUCACCAUUUUUACAAUUGGUUAAUGUUGAUUUAUCAUAAAUCAUUUAUAUAAUCAUUGUCAAUUAAUUUAUGAUGAUAUUUAUUUGUACUGCUAUUCAUUGUAUCAAGUAUUUAUAUUAACAGUAGUACAAUUGAAUGUAAAAUUAUAAAUUUUAUCCAUUUUAUACAGAAACAAUUUGUGAUUUAAUAUUAAUAUUUAUUAUUUCUAUUUUACUUGGUGAAUUUAUAUAUAUUUUUAUUAUUUUUAUUUACACCAGAAAUAUGCUAUCUCAAUGCUCACAAUAAUUAAAAUUACUCGACAAAUUAAAAGAGAGAUAAGCUUGGUGUAAAUUAAUUUCAACUAUUGGCCUAAUGCAGUAUUUUUUUUUCUAUCUUGUUAUAUUAUUUUUAAUUAUUAUUUGAGUGUUUUUUUUAAUUUUAUCUGUUUAUAUUUUGAAGUUCUGACAAAUGUAUUAAUUUAUUUUGUCUUUUUUUCUAAUCUGUAUUUUUUAUUUUUUAGAAUAAGUUUAAUAACAUGGCUUAAUUAAAUUUUUUAAAUAUUUAUUCAACAUGUAGAAGAUAUAUACAUGUAUGAUUGACACAUUUAAUGCAAUUGUAUCAAUGCAUUUCACGACCAGCUGUGAAUUUAGCAUAUCCA